CCCAUAACUCUCGAACGAUGCCUUCAAAUAUUCAGCGGUUGCCUUCAAUUUGGAGAUUUUAAAACUGUUAAUCCAAUGAUACUGACACUCAUUGAGAAAAUGGUGAUCCCAUGUAUCCCAGUAUCUGAUGUAAAAGUGAGGAAUAUUGCAGUCAAGAGUUUAGGCCUUUCGUGCCUUAUAUCACAAGAAUUGGCCAAAAAAUAUUUCGCACUCUUUGUUCAGGUGCUUAACUUUGACUCAGACUUACCUCAAGAAACAGCAUUGAAGUGUAUUUUUGAUAUAUUAUGUAUUCACGGAUUGAGUUGUUUUGAUCACAAGUCGAGAAACAAGAGUAUGAAUAAAAGUAAAAGCAAUACAAUGCUAACGGAUGACAACGAGAAUGACAAAGAGAACCAAAGUAUUCAUAAUAACAGUCGAAGAAGUGUUGCAAAUGAUGGCACAGAAGACAUGGAUGAUGACAACGACCGGACGAUUGUCGAUGAAUCGGAUGCGGAGGACGUGUUGUGCAGUGAAUCCGAAGGCCAAAACUCUGAUGACGAAGACGAGGACAGUUUCCUGAGUUUGUUCAUUGAUUUGUUAGAAAAACACCUGAACUCAGAAUUGGAUGCAAUUAAGUUGAUUACAGCCCAAGGAAUUGGAAAACUAUUUAUUUUGGGACGUAUGUAUUCACCGCAACUGUUGUCUAAACUGAUAAUCCUUUGGUACGAUCCGGACUCGAGCGAAGAGUUGCGCCAAUUUUUGGGCGUAUUUUUGCCGAUAUAUUCGGGCGUUAAUAUGAAGGCUAACCUCAAAGGAGAGAAUGCUUUC